UCUGGUGGAGGGAAUUUAACCCGGAAGCGGGUGUUGUCGUCGCUUGGGAGUUGGCUGGACGAGGAAGCGCCGAAUCGGAGAUUAAGGACCAGAACCAACACCGAGAAAGAGGCCUGAAAGUGCGACCAGAACCGGAACCAGAGCCCCGAGUCCACGUUCCGCUUCAGACCGACACCGAGCCGCAGCUUGUGUAGCUUCUCCCAGUUUAAAAGUGAGCCAACAGCCCCCUUAGCUUGCUAGCAGCUAGUUACCCUGCUAACGGGGAAGUGACUGGGACGGGUGAAGUCGGGCACAGGUGUGUUUUUUCCUGAGGACUAGGACAGAAGACAACCAUGAGUGGAGGACUAAACAGCAUCGAUGCUGUAAAGAAGAAGAUCAAAGUUCUGCAGGAGCAGGCGGAGGAGGCGGAUGACCGAGCCGCCAGACUGCAGAAGGAGGUGGAGAAGGAGAAGCGCAGCAGAGAGGAGGCGGAGGCGGAGGUGACGGCUCUCAGUCGCCGCCUGCAGCUCAGUGAGGACACUCUGGAGCGAGCCCAAGGGCAGCUGUCCUCCACCCUCCAUAAACUAGACGAGGUGGAGAAGUCAGCCGACGAGAGCGAGAGAGGUAUGAAGGUGAUCGAGAACAGAGCUCUGAAGGAUGAGGAGAAGAUGGAGCUGCUGGAGGUCCAGCUGAGAGAAGCCAAGCUGAUUGCUGAGGAGGCCGACCGCAAAUAUGAGGAGGUGGCUCGUAAACUGGUGAUGGUGGAAGGUGAACUGGAACGAGCUGAAAGCAGAGCUGAGCAGGGCGAGAGUAAGAGUCGCGUGUUGGAGGAGGAGUUGAAAACAGUCUUCACUGGUUCAAAGUCUCUGGAGGCCCAGGCUGAGAAGUACUCUCAUAAGGAGGACCGGUACGAAGAGGAGAUCAAGAACCUGAGCAACAAGCUGAAGGAGGCGGAGAUCAGAGCCGAAGCUGCAGAGCGUUCAGUGGCCAAACUGGAGCGAACCAUCGACGGGCUGGAGGAUGCUUUGUCUUCGGCCCGAAAUUCCAACAUGGAGCUUCAGGCAACCUUGAAUCAGACCAUGGAGGAGCUGAACUCCUGCUGAGUGUCCCCCCCCCCCACGACUCGGUGGCUAAAACAUUCCCAUCACGAGGACCCCCCCCCCCCCCCCCGUCACACACCCCCGGCCAUCUUAAUGAUUCCUGCUUUCACACAUUCCAGUGAUUCUUAAAGUCACGAUUUGUGUUGCUUUUCUGAAACCUUUUUCUGAAACCCCCCCCCCCCCCCCCCCCCCCGUUGACAGUGCCAACCCCCCCCGUUGACAGUGCCAACCCCCCCCAGUAUUAUGUGAAGGAGGCCAGUUGAGGAGCUGCUUAGUAUACUUGGUCUAUAAGGGAGUUUAAUUGAUUAACAGCCGUGUCCUGGUCAACUAAUCAUGAACUAAUGAAGUGUUUGUCUUAACGGUUUGUCCCCAGCUUUUCUCUUUUUGCCACAUUAAAGAUCGAUUAGCGCCAACGAUCAAUUGUUUUUGUUCCUGGGGGCGGGGUCUAAGGCAACCAAUCCCCACGGGGCAUUCUGCUACCUUAGUGGAGGCCCAGGGAUCAAAGAUGACCUUUGACCUAAUGGGUAAAUAAAGUUUGGAAAUGUUUUUACCUGGAAGCAUUGAUGUCACAGCUCAUUGUAAUAAAUCAUGACAAUGUGAGACAGGAUUUUAUAAAAUAAAAGCACGGUCACUGAAAUGUA